CUGGGUCCUCAAUCACAAUUGGUGGAAGGGAUUCAGGAAGUACUCACAGCUGCUUAGACAUCCCGGAGCCAAGUUCCAGGCAGGACCAACAAUAACACUGCAGACUCCAGGGAGGAGAGUCAUGGCCCCCCCAGGGUGGCCACCAGACAAAGAGCCCACAGCACCAGGUACAGCCAGGGCUGGCACUCCUGAAGCCUAGGAAGCUGCCAGUGGAGUUGACCACAGAGGUGCUCAGUGACCUGGGGUGGCACAUCUUUAAAGACCAGGGAAGAGCAUCCAUCCAGCGCAGAGCCCCGGUGAUCAUCAAUAGCCACCGUUUCCGAUGGGACACUAAGGCUCGAGGCCACCUAGGUUGCUGCACUUCACAAGCACCACUCAAGAGACCAUGGAAGCGGCAGUGAUUGGAAUGGUGGCUAUGCUGUUUGUGGUCACCAUUGCCAUCACCUGCAUCCUCUGUUACUUCAGCUAUGACUCGAAGACCCAAGAUCCUCAGAGGGGACCCAGCUACAGCUUCACAGUGGCCACAUUUCACCAGGAAGCAUCUCUCUUCACAGGGCCUGGUAUCCAAACCAGGCCAAUGCCGAAUGCCCAGAACUUCUGGACUGUCACGUGAAGUUAGCAGACCCUCAGGAAUUGCUCUGCUGGUGGCUCAGACCCACCUAGCCCUUCAAUAAGCAUUGUCUAGUGUCCCACUCCUCCCAGGCCUAUAUCUCUGUCCUUUUGUAUCCCAUAAACUUCCUGUCCCCUCCCAUCCUGACUUGCUCUGUCCUCUGUCCUGGAGGGAGCUGAGGUGUUGGGGAUAAGGUGAUUCCCCUCUAAGCUCUGAGAGCUCAGCUGGGUCCUACUCUGAGGUGGGGCUGGGGGGCGUCUAAGGAAGUACGGACAGACACUGCUGUUGUAUACCAGCCAAUGAUGUAACCUCAGCAGAAUUUCGCAUCAACAGGGUGCCCUUGAAACAGAUUCUGUUUGCCACCCGAGGAAGUAGCGCUCUCAAGUGGACAUUUUUCAGGAACGCCUUGUUAUUUGUUAGUAUUUUUAUACUGUGCAGUGCCCAACCCUGAGGCCUGCUCCUGCCAGUUCCCUGAAAUCAGCCCUGAAAUUCUGAAAACAAAAAGCUGCUUUCUGGGAACAAGUGAUUUAUUUUAUAAUUGAGAAUGUAAAUCCUUUUAUGGGUUUUUCCAAAUGUGCUUUGGAAAACCACAAAAGGAAACAGAAGAGAAAAUAAGUCACAGAAAGUACAAGGUGUUUUAUUAACAGGAAAGCCAGCAAAAAAAAGACUUAAAUACGACUUAAACGAGACUUACUUCAUUGCUUUAUUCUAAGGCCUCUUCUAUUCUUAGAGAAUACAAGUGAUUGGUGUCACUUGGGCAUGAUAGAAAAAUCAUGAACUGAAAGAAAAUUCCAAAAAAGUUAAAAUGUUGCUACAUUUCAGAGCAUGUAAAGGAGUUGUUGUUUUUACCACAAAUAAAAGAGACAUUCAAUUUU